CACCGCAUAUUUAUCUACAGAUAGAGAAGAAGAGAGCAGAGUGCGUUGGAGUUGGAGUUCGUGAAGCCGGCUGGGUAAUGCUAACUUCCCAGGCGGGUGAGCAAACGAAAACAUGGUGGCCCUCACAGCGAGCUUCGCAGCAGCACCAUCAACAGCAACAAUUACAAUGGCGAUGACGAAGAAACGCAGUAGUGGGGCAGUGUGUUACGCUGAGUUGUCGUUUCCUUCAUUUCUCCCAAAACAAGUGGAGUAUAUCAAAGACACUUUCGCUCGUAAGCUCGCCACGAGGAUUGACAGACUUCCUGUAGCUGUCAGCUUCUCGGAUAAUAGUAUCAUGAGUAGUUGUGUGAGGCCAUUAAUACAGAGCAAGACAAAUCCAGUGGUUCUUCUCCAUGGUUUUGACAGCUCCUGUUUAGAAUGGAGGUACACGUAUCCGUUGCUUGAGGAGGCUGGUUUAGAGACUUGGGCUGUGGACAUACUUGGUUGGGGUUUCUCUGAUUUAGAAAGGCUUCCACCAUGUAAUGUGGCAUCUAAGCGUGAACACUUUUAUCAGCUUUGGAAAUCACACAUCAAAAGGCCAAUGAUAUUGGUUGGACCAAGCCUUGGUGCUGCUGUUGCAAUUGACUUUGUAGCUAACCAUCCAGAAGCCGUUGAAAAGCUGGUUUUAAUUGAUGCAAGUGUGUAUGCAGAAGGCACAGGAAAUCUAGCAACUUUACCCAGAAUUGCAGCAUAUGCUGGGGUUUAUUUAUUGAAGAGCAUCCUGCUGCGCUUAUAUGUAAAUGUUUUGGCCUUUACUGGCAUCUCAUUUGGUACCAGCUUAGAUUGGGCUAAUGUGGGCCGCUUGCAUUGUCUUUAUCCUUGGUGGGAAGAUGCAACUGUGGAUUUUAUGAUUAGUGGGGGUUAUAAUGUUAGUGCACAGAUACAACAGGUAAAGCAGAAGACACUUAUCAUAUGGGGUGAGGAUGACCAGAUCAUUAGUAACAAGCUUGCAGUGAGACUGCACUGUGAACUGCCAAAUGCAACUAUACGUCAAAUACCAGAUUGUGGUCAUCUUCCUCACGUCGAAAGGCCCAACUCAGUUGCCAAAUUGAUUGUGGGUUUUGUUCAAGAAGAUUGCUAUAAAGAGAUUGAAUGUGUUUCCCAAUAUUGAAGUCCACUUUCAACUAGUUCAAGAGAAUUUUUGUAAAUGUAAAAAUCUGUCACAAUUUGCAUUCCAUUUGGCUUGAAGGUGACAAGCCAUCUUUAUAUUAUUUAUUAGGCAAGAAACUUAUUCGUAAUAGACAUAGAUGCUGCAAAUCAUUUAUUUGUAUGCAUUAAACUCAAUUAAACAUAUAACUUAUUAACUACGUCCUGCGUAGAAAACUAUUAUUAUCAAUUUCACAUCCAUGUGAUGCUUCAAUUA